AUGGGCAUCGCCAUUUCCGAACUGAUCGUUCCCUUCACCGGCGCCCUGCAGGCCGCCCUCUCGGUCCUCCUAACCAUUGCUCUGGGCGUCGUCGCAGCACAGUGCAAUCUCAUGUCACCGAGUGCAGCAAAGGAGGUUUCCAGGCUAUGCGUGCGCAUGUUUCUCCCUGCGCUGUUGAUUUACAAGAUUGGCGACAAUAUGCAUCAAGAUACGGGUUUGAGAUACGUGCCAAUCCUCAUCUGGUCCGUCUGCUAUACACUUCUCUCCCUGCUCAUCGGCCGCGUCCUCACCCGCUUCUUCAAAUUGCCAGCUUGGGUAGCGCCAGCUAUUGCAUUCAACAACACGACGUCCCUCCCUCUACUUCUCAUCCAGUCGCUCAAGCAAACACGGAUUCUAGAUACCAUUCUCAUUGCCGGCGAAUCGGGGAGCCAGGCAAUGGACCGAGCUGAGUCAUAUUUCUUGGUCAACGCCAUGGUCAGCAAUUCACUUACCUUUGCACUUGGUCCAAGACUGCUGAAACCUGGAGACGAAGAUGGUGCAGAGAGUCAAGACGACAGUGUCCAAGACGAGCAGGCGAAUGAUUCCGACGAGAGCGAUGCUGAAACUGCAGACAUUGAGAGGGGCCCGCAAGGCAUCGUCAAUGAGGAGACUUCGCUGCUUCCUCGUCGCAUCGUAAAACGAACAAACCAGAUAGAAAAAAGCGGUUAUCUCAAGACACGCAACUGGUACAGGAGCCUCCCCCCUUGGCUCCAAGAGACACUCGACAUCACUUGGCAGUUUGCUAAUGCCCCUUUGAUUGGUGCCCUUGUAGGUGCCGUCAUUGGUUUGACGCCCCCACUCCAUCGUCUCUUCUUCAGUCCCAGCAACCAAGGCGGAUAUCUCAACGCCUGGCUCACAACCGCUAUCAAGAAUUUCGGCGAGCUUUUUGCUUCGUUGCAAAUCAUAGUCGUUGGUGUCAAACUCAGCAAGAGCAUGUUGCGCAUGAAAAACGGUCAAGAUGGCGGCCAGGUAGAUAAGGCGAGUCUAACGCUCGUACUUCUUGUGCGCUUCAUCGUCUGGCCUUUCAUGAGCAUUCCUCUCAUAUGGGCACUUGCAUCCAAAACCAGCUCAUUGGACGCCGAUCCUAUGCUCUGGUUUUCCAUGAUGCUGAUGCCCACAGGGCCACCAGCCAUGAUCCUGGUUGCCUUGUGUGAUGUAACGGGUGCUGCCGAGUCCAUGAAAAUGACGGUUGCAAAAUUCCUCACCAUCAGCUAUGCAGUUACGCCCAUGAUAUGUUUCGCAGUUGUUGGCGCUUUAGAAGCUACCAAGGCCGCAAUUAAGUCAUAG